AUGUCACAUUUACAUCUGUGCGUGGUAAUUGCGCAGCCAGAGUGUGAUUUCCCCAUUUUGGAGCAAAAAAACCACACUGGCUUGCCAGAUGAUUAUGAUUUGCAGAGAAAUCUUUCAGGAAGUGGUCAAAUCCAGUUAUGGCAGUUUCUACUGGAGCUAUUAGGAGAUGCCGCUUCAAACGGUCAUUGUAUUGCAUGGGAAGGAGCCAGCGGCGAGUUUAAGCUCGUUGACCCAGACGAAGUUGCACGUAAAUGGGGGCAGCGGAAGAGCAAACCUAAUAUGAACUAUGACAAGCUGAGCAGAGCUCUGCGGUAUUACUACGACAAGAAUAUUAUGACGAAGGUUCAUGGAAAGCGAUACGCCUACAAAUUCGACUUUCAAGGACUCGCACAAGCUUGCCAGAAUUCCAUCAAUGCCGGAAGCGAUAUCUCAGGCGCAGGGCAAUCUUUUAACCCAUACCAAAAUAGUAGGUAUUUUUCAGAUGAGAAACACAAAAAAUCGUCUUCUUUCAUUUUUUUAUGA